GCCACCAACCCAGCAACCCACCAAUUCCUUGUUUUUUCAUGGAGAGCACAAACCCCAGGCCAGCGGAGGAGGACCGGGACUCCUCAGCGCGGAGACCUUUGCAUCAAAAUGCUGAUAGUCGAAAAGACGACUGACUACCCUUCUGCUGAGUACUCCCUGGUGGAGGAUGUAGCCCUCCACUUCACGUGUUUGAUGGACAGACUGAACGAGCAGCGCCUCUUUCAGCCGGACCUGUGCGACGUGGACAUCGUGCUGGUGCAGCACAAGAGCAUCUUCCCGGCGCACAAGGGGGUCCUGGCCGCCUACAGCCAGUUCUUCCACUCCCUCUUCACCCAGAACAAGCAGCUGCAGCGCGUGGAGCUCUCCCUGGAGGCCCUCACCUCGCAGGGCCUCCAGCAGAUCCUCAACUUCAUCUACACCUCCAAGCUGCUCGUCAACUCCUGCAAUGUGCAGGACGUGCUGAACGCGGCCGCCGUGCUGCAGAUGAACAACAUCGCGUCGUCCUGCCAGGACCUGCUGGACACGCGCUCGCUCAGCCUGGCCACCGACAUGGCCCUGCCCGCCGAGGGCUGCGCGGGGCCCCCGCCCUACUACUGCGAGAUCAAGCAGGAGGUGGAUGCCCCCCACCCCAAAAUCUACGCCCGGGAGGGCAACGACCCCUUCUCGGUGCGGGUGGAGGACGGGACGGGCGGCGGGACCCUCCCCGCCGGCCCCGCCAAGCAGUACUACAAGGAGGAGAAGGAUGGCGGUGCCGGCGCCGUGUGUAAGAUGGAGGGGGAGGAGUCCGAGGAGGACCUGGACAGCCAGGGUUCGUACAACCGGGAGCAGAUCAUCGUGGAGGUGAACCUCAACAACCAGACCCUCAAUGUCUCCAAGGGCACGGAGGGCAAGGCGGCCGCCAGCGAGGCGGCCGUGAUGGGGCGGCCGGACGGUGACGGGCGCGACACGGAGGAGGACGGGGAGGAGGAGAAUGAGGAAGGGGAGGAGGAGGAGGAAGAGGAGGAGGAUGCGGAGGUGGGUGAUGAGGAGGAGGAGGAGCGCAGUGAGGAGGAAGACCUGGAGGAGACGACGGAAGAAGAGGAUGAUGAUGAUGACGAUGAAGACGCGUCGGAGAUGAAAAGGGAAAAGGGUGGGCAGCCCCGCCGGGGCAGCCGGGCCUCCAAGGCCACCAAACCCACCAUGGCAACCAGGUCCCAGGAGAUGGCCAAGGUGGAAGAAGAGGAGGAGGAGGAAGAAGAAGGCCAGCGAGGGAGGAAGAGGAAAAAGGAACAGGACGGUUUGGGGCAGAAGGUGAAGCUGGAGGAGAAGCAGCAUUACCCGUGCAAGAAGUGCCCCCGGAUCUUCAACAACCGCUGGUACCUGGAGAAGCACAUGAACGUCACCCACAGCCGGAUGCAGAUCUGUGACAAGUGUGGGAAACGCUUCCUGCUGGAGAGUGAGCUGCUCCUGCACCACCAGACCGACUGCGAGAAGAACAUCCAGUGUGUGACGUGUGGGAAGGGCUUCAAGAAGCUCUGGUCUCUCCACGAGCACAACAAGAUCGUCCAUGGUUACGCAGAGAAGAAGUUCUCCUGCGAGAUCUGCGAGAAGAAGUUCUACACCAUGGCCCACGUGCGCAAACACAUGGUUGCACACACCAAGGACAUGCCAUUCACCUGUGAGACCUGCGGGAAGUCCUUCAAGCGUAGCAUGUCCCUCAAGGUCCACUCACUCCAGCACUCCGGGGAAAAGCCUUUUAAAUGUGAGAACUGCAACGAGCGCUUCCAGUACAAGUACCAGCUGCGCUCCCACAUGAGCAUCCACAUCGGCCACAAGCAGUUCAUGUGCCAGUGGUGUGGCAAGGACUUCAACAUGAAGCAGUACUUCGAUGAGCACAUGAAAACACACACAGGCGAGAAGCCCUACAUCUGUGAGAUCUGUGGGAAGAGCUUCACCAGCCGCCCCAACAUGAAGCGGCACCGCCGGACCCACACGGGGGAGAAGCCGUAUCCCUGCGACGUGUGCGGGCAGCGCUUCCGCUUCUCCAACAUGCUCAAGGCCCACAAGGAGAAAUGUUUCCGCGUCAGCAACCCCUUGGCCUCGGACACGGCUGCCCCCCAACCCGCCACCAGCCCCGCCCCGCUGCCCCCCGGCCCCGGCGUGUCCCCCCUGCCCCUGCCGCUGCUCCAUCCUCUCCCACAGACCCUCCCUCCUCCUCCUCACCUACCGCCGCCCCCUCCCCUGUUUCCCGCGGGGAGGAUAAAUUCCAACAACAAUUAGGUGCCCCCCACCCCGGCCAUGCGCCUGCACGGACUGCUCUGCCCUUCGGGAACGCCUCCCCCCGGGGAGACGAGGCUUUGCUUGCUCUCUACCCCCUCUUCCUCCUCGUUUUGGGGUUGUUUUGGGUUUUUAUUCCUUUUUCUCACCCAUCAUCCUCCGCAGAAAGGGGGAGCAGGAAGAGGUCCCUCCAGAGGAGCGUGGGUGUUGGGGGGGAACGUCCGUCCAUAAGGGUGUAGGUGAAAGCUGUCACUCUCUGCUUCAUCUCCAGCUCCAUCUUUGUCCUGGGAUGCUGGUGGGGCUGGGAGGAGCAGGAUGCCCUUAUAUCUGGCGUUGAGAGAAAGAAUUCCUGCCGGUGCAUCGAUAUUUCUAAGCUGAAAUCCAGUUAGUGGUGCUUGAAUCCCUGUACUGUAAAGCUGGUCUUUCAAAUCAGGCUCUUCUCCCACCAGGCUGAGAGGUGGGCACCAUGGAGGAGCCCGGAUGUCCCCAUUGGAAAGCCAUCAGCAUGCUCUCCUUAGCAGCCCUCAUCACAUCUUCCUUCCCUGUGCCAGGUUUUCCUCCUCCGUAGGCAAAAGCACAAACACCCACGUUGCUUCUCGGGGCAUCUGCAGCUCGCUGCCAGUUCAGUUUUGGGGUGCCCUAAGUGUGUUGGGCUCCAGUGUGCCCUUUCUGUUAAUCCCAGAGGGAGCUGGGCUCCUGAGGAAGCUCUGGAGUUGGCGAGCUGUCCCUGGGAGAGCUCAGAUGGCUUCGGGACCAGCGGGAGGGUGGCCUGGGACAGAGGAGCAGGACGCUGCCAUUCCUUGGCAGAAUCGGCCCAGAAUAGUGCCUUAAAAAUUCGAAUAACCCCUGAGUGGUGGGUGAGCUCCAGGUUGGGUCCCAUUGCAAGGUCUGGAGCUAAAGCAAGACCUCCUUCAGCCUGGUGACAAUGUCCCAUCCUCCAGCUUGUUGCCUACAUUGCUCUCCUAAGAUUGGCCUCUCCUUGUGGGUUUGGUAUCUGUUGCCCUGCCCUGGUUUGGGGGGACCAGAGGGGACCAGUGAGGGCUGUGGUUGUUUUGGUGAUGCCCUGCAGUGUUGAUUAGUUGAAGUUGCUGAAGUUGAGCUGGUCUUUGGUUUCACUUAGGAAUAAUAUGCCUGGCUUCAUGGCAGAGAAGAGGAAGGCUUUGCUGUCACCUUUUUGUUGGACACUGGGGUCCCAGCUGGGUUUCUCACUGCUUUGCUCUGCUCCAGGGUGUCACAUAUCAGCCUGGCCACAGUUGUAUGGUCUCCUUGCCUGGGGAAGUGCCCCCUUUGGGGCCAGAGAGCACCCAGCACAGGUAGAGAGGUGGGGUGUGUUGCAGCUGACUCCUUGCUCCCAAGGCCAGAAUUGGGGUCAAAUAUGGACACAGAUCAGGUCAUGGAGGAGGUGGUGAGCAGAGCUCUUGGUAAGCAAGAAGAAAGAGAGGUCCCUGAGUGGGCUGCAGGACCUCUGUCUCAUUUGCACCUUGCUCUGAGUGAGAGCAGAGCACUGGGGAUAACGAGCCACACCAGGCUAUGUGAAAGGUCUUGGUGCUUCACCUCCAGGACCAAAUCAGCAAAGCACUUGGGCAGCAUUGAGACUGCCCCUGCAGAGAUGGGAGGAGUCAGCCCCCUGCUCAGGGGCUCUGCUGACCAGGGACAUGCAGGAGCCUGACAGGGACAGGACAGGGGAGCUUCUGCUGUUGUGCUGAUUGCUCUUUGAGGUGAUGGGUCAGCCGAGUGCUGUGCCCUUGUGCUGAGUGGUGCCCACCAUGCCUGGCAUCUCGGGGAAGCUGGCUGCUCUUGUGGAUGUUGGCAUUUUGGAGCAACAGAUUGCUUUUGAUCCCCAUGUUGGCUGGGAUCCCAUGGAUCCCCCAGCACCUCACUCGGUACCAGGGAGCUCACCCCCAUCUCCAUCUGCUUCGAGCAAAAGGAGGUUGCUAUGGCAGAGCUGCUUCUCCAUAUCAGCCUUCUCAGUGGGUUCCAGAGGCUUCCCUGCUGUCCUCCAUAACCCUGGGGCUCCUUGGAAUGGUGCAAAGCCUUCCCAGCACAGACCCAUGAGGGAUGGGGGUACUUAGCUCUUGGGGCCAUUGGCUUUCUGAAGGGACCAUGAUCCAGACUGGGAGAUGAUUGUUUUAGAGAAGCAUUCGGUGAUACCUGUGCAGGUGUUGGAGUGGUCCAUGCUGUCUCCUCCUCUACUGCCUCCCAGAUCCCCCUUAGGCUUCCCUGUGCCUCUUUUCCUUCAUGCUCAGCCUCGAGAUAGGAUGGGAGCACUCUGCCCUGAGGGCUUGGAUGGUCUGCCUGGCUGAUAGACUUCUCUCCCCCAAGUAAACACCCACGCCAAUGUCUGCUCCCUUGUACCACUCACCUGGAGGUGGCUUUCCCUGUUCCUGCCCCAGUUCAUCCUCUCCCAGUGAGGACCUGCCCCCCUUGGACAUCUCUGUGAGACGAGAGCACUUCACUGAGGGUGGAAGCCCAGCGGAGAGCCCAGUGACUGAUCCCAGCCGCGCCCCAUCCCCUUCGAGAGCCACUUGGAGACGUCGAGAUGUGACCAUGCACACAGCACUUUGGAGAACCAGAUCCCUGCUGCUCCCUCCCCUCUCCAAGGCCCGGGCAGUUCCCAGGAGUCCUACAAGGCCUCUGAGCCCUUUUGUCUACACCCUUACUCAGCCCCAGUGUGUCUCCAUGUCUGGUUUUCAUUAGAGUACUAAGAGCUCAGACGAGUCGCUCCCGCAGUGCCUCGUCCAUCCCGGAUCCAUCCCAGAUCCAUCCCGGCCAGCCCUGUUGCACCAGCGGGCUUGGAUGGGGCAGGAGGCAGAGGAGUCGGGUCCGUUGCUUUCAAGCUUUUUACGUUUUACUUUAAUUUUUUUUUUUUUAAUUCUUUUUUUUUAUUUUUACUUUAAUUUUUAACUCUCGCACCUUAAUCUCUCACACCCCUUCUCCGGCAAGACCGCGAGGGCGGAGAGGGGCUUGUUUUCCACGGCGCAGUUCACGGACACGCCGCAAACGCAACGUCCAGCCGGCGACUCCUCCCACGCACCCACACCCCACACCCGUCUGGGUCGGGAUUUGUUUUUUCUUUUGUUUCCCCCCUCACCCCUUCAUUUGAACUUUUGGGGAGGGAGGGAGUCGUGUGGGGA